UAAAAAUAUCCACUCCAACCAAACUUAAAAAUAGAGUUUCCAUACACUCUUGCACAGAAACAAAACUCGCUUCCGAGUUCCGAUCCUCAAGACAGAAACCCGAGAACUUCUCAUAACACAAUGCUCUUUCCGUUAGUUCCACUUCCUCUCCCACUCUGACUCAGUUCCCAUUUAAAAGCAAACCCUCUCAAAUCAAAGACUCUCUCUAACCCUUGUCCUUUAUCAUUAUCAUCACAUUCAUAACUCUUUCACAAUUUGGAUAUAUAAUUAUGCAACCCUGUAGCAGAGAAAUGCAAGGCCUCAACUCCCUCUUAAAUUCUUCAUCCCAAAUCUCCCUUCAAGACCUUCACAAUCACACCACUAACCAGAUCCAAAAUUCACACAUGAACCACCAACACCACCACCAACAACAACAACAACACCAACAACAACAACACCAACUUGCUCACUUUGAUUCAACUUCUCACGACGACUUUCUCGAACAAAUGCUCUCUUCCUGCUCUUGGACAGAUCUCAACCAUAACAAGCCAUUAUUAUGGGACCCUAACACCCCCAACGACAUCAAGCCCCCCGACGAAACGACGCCGUCCAACAACAACGACGACGCUACUGCUAAUGUCGUUUUUCCCUCCUUCGACGAGCACUCCACCUUAGCCUCCAAGUUCCGCAACCACCAGAUCAGCCCCAACAACGCCCCAAAAAACGCCGCGGCGGCGGCUUUCAUGCUCCAACACCAACUCCUUAGAGACUCUGGUCUUCUCAACAUGCCACUUUCCUUGCCUGGAAACGACGUCGUUGACGCUUCUUCCUUCAAAUCCCCCAAUCCCGGUGGUGAGGCUUCAGUCCAAGCUCUCUACAACGGGUUCGCCGGAUCUCUGCAUGGCGCAGGCCAAUCCUCGAACCAGACUCAGCAUUUUCAAAACCCUCAGGGAAGUUCGAAUCCAAUGCAAGGCCAAAAUUUUGGGGCGGCACCAGCUGGUGGCGGUGGCGCAACGAACCAAGCUCCGGGGAGUGGCGCUGCCGCGGGCGGCGCGCCGGCUCAGCCAAGGCAAAGGGUUCGAGCUAGGAGAGGACAAGCCACGGACCCACACAGCAUCGCUGAAAGGUUACGAAGGGAGAGAAUCGCAGAGAGAAUGAAGGCCCUACAGGAACUGGUUCCCAAUGCCAACAAGACAGACAAGGCAUCCAUGCUAGAUGAGAUCAUCGAUUACGUGAAGUUCCUGCAGCUCCAAGUCAAGGUUCUGAGCAUGAGCAGACUGGGCGGUGCAGCUGCUGUCGCUCCCCUUGUUGCUGAUAUGUACUCUGAGGGAGGCGGUGACUGCAUCCAAGCCAACGGCAACAGUAACGGCGGUGGGGCCCACGCUCCAAACUCCAACACCAACCAAACGUCAGCGACAACACCCUCAAACGACAGCCUAACGAUGACGGAGCACCAGGUAGCGAAACUAAUGGAAGAAGACAUGGGUUCCGCCAUGCAGUACCUUCAAGGGAAGGGUCUUUGCCUCAUGCCAAUCUCCCUCGCCACUGCAAUCUCCACUGCCACGUGUCACACCAGGAACGUUACCGUUAACGUUAACCCCUUGAUCAAUGCCGCCGCCGCCGCCCAGAUUCCGACAGCCGCCAACCCCGCUGGUGACGGGCCGUCGUCUCCGAGCAUGUCCGUGCUGACGGUGCAGUCCGCCGUCGCGGUCAACGACGGCUCCGCCGCCGUGAAGGACGCUGCCUCCGUUUCGAAGCCGUGAUGACAGCGUUUGUGUGACUUUAUAGGAAAAAAAAAAGAAAAAAACAUAAAGUGGACAAAGGACAGAAAAUGACGUGUGUUUUUUUAAAAAAGGAGCCGUUAAAGUCUACGAAAAUAAGGCGUCAGGGAUACGGAGGACUCGACGACGCCGUAUUUACCUAGACUUUGUUUGGCUGAUGAUGCUACCUCUGAACAAACCAAUCACAAACUCCACCAUGCCAAAUGAUAAAAAAACUCCACCAUGACAAUUACCUACUUUGUUUAUUAUUAUUAUUAUUAUUAUUAUUAUUAUUAACUGUCGCUUUUGGUUUCUUUUGUUCAUUGUUUUUUCUUGAAAAAAAAUUAGUGGAUUUCUUCUCUUUUUGCUUUUUCGUUUCCGUCUAAAUAACAAGUUGGACUGUCUUUGACUUUGUA